AUGGUUUUGAAUAUUUUCAUAACAAUAUGUUACAUAGUAAUAUUUGCUUUUCCUCUAGCAAGAUCUAGGAAGUAUGACAUCGAGGAAGAAUCUAUGAGGCUCUAUGGCGAAGACUCUACCUCUGUUCUUCACCGCUUCAGGAGGACUGCUGAAUAUUUAAAAAUCUUAAGCGAUAGGAACCAAGCUAUGAACGCACACCUGGAGGAAAUUGGUGUUCAGACAAUGCAGUAUAUAGAAAACAAGUUGGCUCGAAAAGUUGCGGAUUCCGUGGGCUAUACCAAGGAGAAUAUGACGCCCACUCCGACUACACCUGCAUUAGGAUUUCGCCACAAGGCGAGAAGAGAUGAUGAUUCAGAAGAAACUACAGAAGAUCCUAUUCAGAAGUUGGAUUCUUACCACCACCUGCAUCGGGUGAUUUCAACUAAGGAUAGAAACCACUUUCGGGAUAUCGGCUUUGAGAUGGCUGGACAGAUGGUGGAUUUAAUCAUUAAAGGUAUGGGUCCUGUUGCACCAAGGAAUGCCCAUGAGGCAGCAAAUCCUCGUGACCCUAAAACACCUUCGAGCAUUCACGAUCAUGAGGUACAUAGUACUUUGGGUUUAUCAGAAACUGUGCCAACUGAAACCACCACAGCUGCUGUAGAUGCUUUUAGAUUUAAAAAUAAACGAAUUAAGUUUUAA